UCACCGUCCUUGUUCGCACUUACCACGUCUCUCUCUCUCUCACUCUCUCUCACUCUCCUCCCCGUUUCUUCGUCCAUCCUCCCCAUUUCAGCGGCGAGACGAGAAAAGAGAGAGGGCGCGCGCGAAAAGAAUUCGCUGGCCCCCUCGGCGGCUCCAGAUCACGCCCAAAUUCGUGGCUCGUCCAGCCGCCAAUUUGGUGGUGCCUUGUGUUGGUGCAUUUUCCCAGACCUGUUCUUUCUGUGAUUGUUUUCAAUCUCUCCCGCGUUCUUGCGGCUGAUUUCUUGGACGGAUUUCUCCGGCCGCGUCUCCGGAUUUCCUCGAUCUGGGGGCAAUGCGGCUGCGCAUUCGGUUCUCUGCUUCGGAAGCCCCCCAAACCCCCCACCAUUGGUGAUUAUUUCUGAGCUUUCUCGCCUUAAAAUCGGCGCGUUUCUCGGAGCACCUCGAGGCAUCUGAUUUCAGAAGGUCAUUGCCCCGAUUUCACGCGAACUUGGGCGGGGCAUUGUUCUGAGUUUUUUUUUUUUUUUUGUCAAAACAUUUGUGCCGCGUCACUGGACUUCGUCGGCCAAUUGCUUCAGGGAGCUCACGGAUUUGUUGCCCAUCGCCACUAACCUCCCGCCGGUAAGCCGGAGGAAUCACAUUGCGAUGGUCGGGUCGGUGUAGGAAAGAGCAGGCAAAAGAUGAGGCGCUGCAGGGGAGAAUGGCUCCUCGUGCCGUGCAUCAUCUCCGUGCUGCUCUUUGUACCAUUGGCCUGCGGACGAUUGCUCAUUGGCGCAAGCGAUAUGUCGCCGCCUGCACUGACACCAUCCUUCAUCAAGCAAGUAGACGAUUGGGUGGAACACGCGUGGCUCAAAUGUGGAUUGGACAAGAAAAGCCUUCAAGAUGUUAGAAACUACUACAACUACAACCAUGUACUUGAUAUCAUCCAUAGGAUAUCUGACAAUAAGGGAACUUCCCCUGUCAUUGAAAAAGGUGCCAGCUCAUUGACCCCAGAAAUCAAGCAAACUUUGCUGAUCUGCUUAAGCAAACAGAGUUCUGAGGUUGCAAAUAACCUACCCGAUGGUUAUAUCAAAACACUUACCGCCUCAAUAAGAGGAGAGCUGGCUCCGGGACCUGCUCCUGCAAAUGAAGCAGUAAAACCUUCGCCAGGGAAACCAGCUGAGGGUGCUUCAUCAGAAGCAACUACAAAAAAGGCAGUGCCUGCAACUAAAUCAGUAGGAAAAAAGGACAGCGAUGGCAUGCCAACUACCAAUGUCAUUGGUGUGUCCUUGGUUGUUAUAGCACUUUUAGCUCUUCUCUGCGUUGGCUGCUGCAUGUACCGUGAAAGCCAGAGUUCUGCGGCUUCUGCCUAUGAUAAUAAGCAACUCCUGAAUCUAUCGGAUUCUUGCAAGUCUUCCAGUGUAAAUCUAAUAGAUGUCACUAAGCUGGGAGCAUUGCCAUUGCAGUCAGAGGCUGGCCAAAAUGGCCAUGUGAAUCAAAGUUCACAGGAAGGCCCAAACACUGAUGAAAUUGGCUAUGUGAGACUAAGUUCACAGGAAGGCCCAAACACUGAUCAAAAUAACCAUGUGAAACUAAGCUCACAGGAAGACGCAAACACUGGUCAAAUUAGCUAUGUGAAACUAAGCUCACAGGAAGACCCAACCAGUGGCCGAAAUAGUGAUGUGAAGCUAACUUCGCAGGAAGACCCAAACACUGGCCAAAAUAACCAUGUGAAGCUCACAUCGCAGGGAAGUGCAAACACUGAUCCAGCAAGCUACAGCAGUUCCACCGAGUCAAUGGCUGCUUCUGUUGGUUCUGUGCAAGGAUCAACACCAAUGAUGCCACCUCCAGCACAUCCUCAAGUACUUGCGCCUCAACCAAAGGCUCCUCCUCCACCACCAGCUCCUCAAGCACUUGUGCCGCCUCCGAAUGCUUCUCCAGUUCUUUCCUCUGGACCUUCACCGCCACCAGCUCCAAAAGCCUCCCCGCCUCCUCCCUCAGGACCCUCACCACCUACUUCUCCAAAAGCUGCACCACCACCACCACCACCAUCAAAAUCUGGUGGACCUCUCCCGCCACCACCAGCGCUGCCUGAUUCUUCCAAAAUGCGUCCACCAUCACUUAUGAAGUCAGGCAAUAAAGCAGACACAGAUGCGGAUUCUAGUGAAGCUAAAACAAAGCUUAAGCCCUUCUUUUGGGAUAAAGUAGCAGCAAAUGCUAAUAAAUCAAUGGUGUGGGAUCACCUUAAAGCUGGAUCAUUCCAGUUAAGCGAGGACGCUAUUGAAACACUUUUUGGUUGUAAUGCUGACAAGAAGAGUGGUGAUGCCAAAAAAGAUUUAACAUCAAAGGAAGCUGCCCAAGUUGUGAGGAUACUUGAUCCUAAAAAGGCACAGAACCUGGCCAUAUCAUUGAAGGCGUUGAGUGUUUCAGCAGAGGAAGUUUCUUGUGCAGUUAAGGAAGGAAAUGAACUUCCAUCCGACUUGAUACAGACCUUAAUUAGAUGGGUCCCGAGUACUGAUGAGGAGCUCGGGCUUCGACUAUAUACUGGGGAACUCUCACAGCUUGGUCCUGCAGAGCAGUUCUUAAAAGCAAUCUUCGACAUUCCUUAUAUCUAUGAGCGCCUGGAUGCAUUACUUUUCAUGGCUGGUUUACCAGAGGAAGCUUCAAAUGUAAAGCAAUCUUUUGCCACCUUAGAGAUGGCUUGUGAGGAGCUUAAAAACAGCCGUCUAUUCUUGAAGUUACUAGAAGCUGUUCUUAAAACAGGGAACCGGAUGAAUGUUGGCACGUUCCGAGGAGGAGCUCAAGCGUUCAAACUAGACACCCUGCUCAAGCUUUCCGACGUCAAAGGAACUGAUGGGAAGAUAACGCUGCUGCAUUUUGUUGUUCAAGAGAUGAUCCAUUCUGAAGGUGUCCGUUCUGCACGGGCUGCAAAGGAGCAGACGGGCAGCAUAUCCAGUGUGGACAAGAAUGAUCUUAUUGAAGACGAAUAUAAACAACUAGGUCUGCAGGUUGUGUCCAGUUUAGGAGAUGAACUUCAAAAUGUCAGGAAUGCAGCAAUCCUUGAUGCAGAUCAGUUGACUAUGUCGGUAACAAGUGUUGGCCACAGGCUUGGCAAAACCAAAGAAUUCUUGAACACAAGCAUGAAAAGUCUGGAUGAAGAUAGUGGGUUUCACCGCAAGCUUGUGCAUUUCGUGGAGCAGUCUCAAACUGAAGUUACUUUCUUGCAAGAGGAAGAGAAGAAAAUACGGUCCUUGGUAAAGAGCACUGUCAAUUAUUUCCAUGGGAGGACAGGGAAGGAUGAGGGCCUUCGUUUAUUUGUCGUAGUGCGGGAUUUUCUUGCAAUGCUUGACAAGGUGUGCAAUGAGGUGAAAGAAGCAUCAAAAGUAGCUCCAAAGAAAACGAAGACUGAAGUUACUCUGCCUUCCCGCACACCCAGAUCUUUCCAAGAUCCCCGGCGUAACCUUUUUCCGGCAAUUCAAGACCGGAGGGCACAUAGUUCAAGCUCUAGUUCUGACGAGGGAAGUUAACUCUAAACGAAGGUACUCUACCUACCUUUUCCUUGCAGCGCUUGGAGGUUUGCCCUUUGAAAACAUUAGUGAGAAGAGAUGGAAAAUCAGAGCUAAAGAAAAGGCAAGAGAUGGAAAAUUGACGAUAAAGCCAACUCUGGCUUUGGUCACUUGUUGCAGCAACAGAAUAAAAUUGCUGAAGGAAGGCAGUCAUCUUCCAUAACGUCCUUGACAGGCAAUUGUUGCACUUUGGCUCCUAUAUCAAACAAACAAAGGUGAUAUUCACGAUCAAGAUGGAGAAGUCGAAACGGAAGCCGUCGAAAGGGGUGGCGAAGAAAACUGACCCCUUAGUUAGGGCGUGCAUAACAGGGAGGGAGGAAGAAGCAGCAGGCUGGUUGACUGACUGUGUGACACUGCCUGCUGUUUUUUCGCUUAACAUUUGUACCAUCACAGAAAGGAGAGGAAUAAAUACAGCAUUAGAAAGAAAGAGAUGCACCACACGGGCUCAUAAACAUUGGAUUCUUUUGCUUGCGCUUGACAAAUACUUUUGCAAAGAGCAAUGCUGUAAAUUGUCAUACUUUCAACUGAAACAUCCUGUGUGUUCGCGACUUGGUGUGCCUUUUGCAAUGUACCAGAUUCGCACUGCUGUGCUGUCGUCUGGAUAGUCAGGGCACCCAAAACAAUGUGCAGCGCUGCUAUAUGUGGACUGAUAAUUGUUUCA